AUGCCCUCGCCACCUCCUGUCCCUCCAAAGGACACAACCUCUCCUUCGGUGAGUGAUAAAUCAAAAUCGAAGAUUUCCCUCGACAUACUCAAACGACCCAAAUCACCUACUUCAUCCGAGAAAAGCAAAGAUGAGAAGAGUUCAAACAAGAUGAAAGAGUUCCUUUCCGGUUUAGGAUCCAAGAAGAAAUCAAAUAUAUCGGCCGGUUCAACUUCGACUGGUGAUGACGAUGCGAAAAGUGAUACCACCGCUAGGCUUACUUCGCCAGUUCAGCCAGUCGCAGAAAAGGGCAUCAUCAAAGUUUCGACUCAUCCUCAGAACCUCUCAGCUAAACCUGUACCAGCCAUACCUGGUCUUCAAGUCGGUAUGAUGGGAAAAGCUCUUCCAUCUUCAAAAUCAAGUUCGGUCGACUCAUCCAACCUCUUCCAUCAAGCUGUCAUCAACGCCCAAAGAAGGGUCGAUACUCUCAACACUACAACUCUCGUACUCAAGGGUAUCGCCGCUGGACUGGCUGCAGGUGCAGCGGCAUGGAUGCCAGGGGUGGGUGAAGCGGUGGCAGUUGUACUUGGAAUGGUAGUUUCGGCGGAAAAUAUCUCAAUCGGAAGGGUAGCUGCGCUUCGUUUGGUCGAGAGAUCUGCUACAGUGCUAGAAGCGGUUGAACAGGCUAUCAUUCAACAUAAAGGUGUUGUACCAACCGUCAUGAUCAAUCACAUCAAUCAGCUCUUAAUUCAUUUGCAUGACAACAACCGAUUUCUCGUUAGACUUUCCGAACGGUCCUUUCUGAAACUCUACUUGCAUUCGGACGAGACUACCAGGCAAAUUGCCGUUGCUACCGAGGAUCUCGAAGAUUUUGUCAAGAUCUUUCAGCUACAAGCUCAAAUAUCUACUGCGGCCUGGGAAGAGCAGUCAAAGGUGGAUCAUGAUAACGAUAUGCAAAUCCUCCUGCAGAAGCUGGAUGAGGCCAGAGAGAGUGAUCAAAAGAUGCUUGCAGCGCUUGCACUCAGAAGUGAGGCGCAACAAGAAGCUAUAAAGACUCUGCAAAGAUCGCUCGAUCAGAUGCUCAUCUUCCAACAAGCCGAAUAUAACACCCAUCACCCGACAUCACCUUUGGGCGGGUUCGAAGCGUCGUCUUAUAUGGCAAUCGAAAGCCCCAUAAUCCCACCAACUUCCAUCACAUUGCCCCACACCGCGGUUCCCGCUCAUUGGAGAGCAUUGGAAGGCAGAGAUAAUGUCGCCUCUAUCUCUUCUUCAUCCAGUGGUAUGACAGAUGUGGGCUCGAGGAGUCGAAGAUCCGGCCAAUGGAAGGAAGGUACACCACCUCUUAGAUCAGUGUGGGAGUCGGGCUCGCAAUCUCCCGGGGAGAAGGGUCCCCAUAGGGAGUUCUUCGAGAAAGCGCUUGAUGUACUGCGACGAACUAGCGAUAGUGACGGAGGUGAGGUCCCGGAUUGGACUAUCACCAAUUUGGAAAUAUCGCAUGACGAGAAGAUCACUCAUGACGAGAGAAUCAACUCGGGAUACUUUUCCAUCAUUUGGAGAGGUCAUUGGCAAGGUCUUGAUGUGGCUAUUAAGGAACUCACACCAAUGGCAGAUAGGAAGCUCUUUGUCAAAGAAGUAGAGGUCUGGCGCAGGCUCAAGAGUGAUCGGGUUUUGCGAUUUUACGGAGCUUCGAGUACUACUGGACCACCACCAUGGUUCCUUGUCAGCCCUUUCAUGAGGAAUGGAAACGUACUCAACUACCUCUCAUCUCCAGCGGGUCGAGAAGCCAACAAGUUGGCUCUAAUCUGUGAGAUGGCUCAGGGGAUGGAGUAUUUACAUUCUAGGGAUAUCAUUCAUGGUGACUUCAAAGCUUCAAACGUGCUCGUCAACGACGACGGACAUGCAAUCAUCUGCGACUUUGGUCUCAGUCAGCUCAAGAUGGAUUAUACAACCAAGUCUCACGAAUUUGCGGAUCAACCAAGCUCAGUAGCGGGAACAAUGAGAUGGCAGAGCCCAGAGAGAUUGGCUGGCGGUCUACUUACGAGAGAGAAUGAUGUUUACUCUUGGAGUAUGGCAGUGUACGAAGUGUUGACGGGAUCGGUGCCUUUUGGGUAUGUGGAUGAUAGUAUCGUAAGGAAGAAUAUCAAAAACGGCGCUCGUCCAGCUCGUCCCUCUGGUGUCGAAGAUAGCUUGUGGCAUCUUCUGACCAAAUGCUGGGCUCAGAAUCCGAAAGAUAGACCUACAUUCGAAGUAGUGGUUGAACAACUAUCAACGAUCUAUACACCUGCCAAGGAGCCCGAAAGGCAGCAUACACAUGUGACUGUGUCAUCGUCCGAGACCACCGAGACCUCCUAUACCACCGCUAGCGAGGGUGGAGCACUAAAUGAGCAGCAAGCCAUUUCGCCUGCCACCAGUGCACUUCCUCUACUCGAUUACAACGAGGACAUGUCCAGCUCUUCAGGCUCGAUCGCCUCGAUACCCGCUCAUCUGGAGACACAACCAUCGUUCGAAUCAGAUCGCGCAGAAAGGCAUUACCGACACUACCUCUCACAUGGAUUUGAUGAUCGUUUAUCUAUCGCUUUAUGGUUCCCGUCACCUGUACCUCUAGGCAGUAUAGGUUAUAUCCGCCACGGCCAGUUCGUCCAUCUGAUGGACGCUCACAUUCCUCCUGUAGGCGUAAAAACCCUUCCGCCAAUGCCAUAUUUGGAUGAGUUCAGCUCUCUACAUACCACCAGGGUGGCAGUGAAUCCCCGAGGGACUACAGAGAAGGGCUUAGACAUGGUAGCUGCUUUGACAAAUUUCAUCAAGCCGACGGGAGAGAGCUCACAACGCAUACCGUUCUCACUCAAGCCUGGAAUGAAACAAGCAGCUCUUAUAGUCGAAGACGGUACUUUCGAAAUAUACAAAUCCCUAGCGGAAGCUAGGUCAUACCUUACUGCUAACAUCCAUUGGAUCUUACAAGAAUUCGGCGACCAACAUCAAAUCACCAAAGAGGAUGUCAUCAUAGUCGUUGGCACGCUCACUGCUAGAAAUUACGCAAUGGUUAUAUCCAACUUUACACCUAGGACAACUUUGACGUUCAACGUGCACGCCUCCUCGUACCGUACCGAUGGUGAACCAUGGGGAACCUGGACAGUCAAUCGUGAACCGCCUGUCGAUCAUUCGAAAGCUUCCAAAUCGGCGUUAGGUCUUGAAGGAUCGUCUCAGUCAUCAGGUAAAGGUUCUCAAGAACGCAAAGGGUCUCAAUUGGAUGAGCACGAAUUGAAGUAUUCCUGUAAGGUCUCUAGGUGCUCAUCAACUUCGGUAGACGCUGUACUUUUGGCGAAACUCAAAUUUCCGCCAGGUGGAUCCGAUCCGACAUUAUAUCCCUGA